UAGCAGGAAACCCCACAGGAGGAAAAGCUACAAGACAGAAUGAAGCCUAAAUCUCUUCUGGAGACGUGGGAUGAAGAGCAGAACGAGAGAAGAUAUGUGAGAUAUGUUUGCUCGAGGAAAUACGUGACUUUAGAGGAGAAUGAGAGCCAGGAAAAAGUUAAGGAGGAGAAGAAGGCAAAGAAGAAAGAGAAGUACAAGAAGUAUAAAAAGAAUGUGAAGAAGGCUCUGCGCUACAGCUGGAAGUGUCUGUUGUUGGGACUUCAGAACUUCAGUGUGGGAUACUACGCACCCAACAUCCCUGCUGCAUUCGUCCCCGAGUUCAUACCAAGCUCAGACAAGACGAGACCGAAUCAUUUAUGAGAAGUCAGCCAGCCCAAGCAGACGAUUCUUGGGACUUUUAUUUUUAGAAUCCGUUGGAAAAAUGACACUGGUUCAUUCAAGUUCUGAUUUUGCAAAAAGGAAACCCAGAGGACCUGCUUAAAGGUGUAAUAUCACAGGAGAUUUUACCUUUAAUUGUGAUUCUCAGUUGUGUUUCAUGUAGGUAUCUCUUUAUACUCCGGCAAUGGCUUAGGAGAAAUAGAAUAAAGACAAAAUUAAAACAUUUCUCUGAGAUUAAUAAGCACUCGAUCCAAAGUAAGCUCUUGCUUGACAUUCUCAGGGUUUAAACAUCUCUUAAUUAUAAACCACUUCAUCAUUAUGUCAUCCAGCAAAUUGUUACUGGAUACUAGAGAAACAUUUUUCUGUCUAUUUUUGUUCUGAUUCGUUUAUUAACUCAAGAGCUGCACAUUAUAAUGCUUUUUGAGAAACAAGAGGAGUGAAAUCUUUUCUACGAACCCAAAUUUUGGAACACAGUAUUAGUACACUACAUUAAAAACCUGAUCUAAUAAAUAAAAUGGACAAUAAUGGACUACUUAUAAAUAUUCAGCCCUUAAUAAUAAUAAUUUACGUUAGCAAGAAUAAGAAGUACGCCAGUGUACGUCUUUACAUACGUGCUUAGACUUCAGUUUGCUAGACAUCCAGCAAUACGUUACUGAAAAAUGGUUCAGUUUUGUUAAUAUUCUGCUUGAAUUGUUCAGUAACACAUUGUUCAGCAGAUCAUAACAGGAUGUUCUUGCAAAGACCAGAAACGCCGGGUCAAGUUUCAUGAAGUUCGGAGACCUUUUUUAAUACUGCCUUGAACAAGGGGAAAGGGAUUAGCGUAGCUUCUGUUCAUAAUAUUAGCAAGCACUAGAUGAUAAUGUGCAUUUAAUCAGAUGUACUGGAUUACAAGGUUAUGGAAUGUAUUAUGUGUAUGCCUGGCUAAAGAGAUAUGUCUUUAAUUAAGCAGAUCAAAACAGGAUGUUCUUGCAAAGACCAGAAAAGUUAAGUUUCAUGAAGUUUUUUUUAAUACUGCCUUGAAUGCGCCCUUGUUGACUUCCCCUUGUUCCCUAUUUUUAGGACUUUGUGUGAUCAGUGUCACCUAUUAAAGGAAACUUCAAGCAAAGUUUGCGAAAGCAGUUUACUUUUUUGAGCCAAAGGAAAGUGUUUAUAAGCUGAAAGGGUGCCAUGUGUACAGAUUUAUCUGCUACUUGCAUGGGAAACACAUGAUAUAUAUAUAUAUAUAUAUAUAUAUAUUGUUCUUGAUAACAGUCUGUAUUUAUUUUUAUAUAAAAUUGAUUGUAUACUAUCAAACAAAUGAGCUUUAUACAUUGUGAUGUUCCAUGUCGAGUGUCGAGGAUUCAGAAAAUGCAGCUUUCAACACCGUGGUAGAUAUCAUUUUUAUAGCUACUAUUACAGUAAUAAAUACUAUAAAACAAUCUAUAAUAAAUACUAUGAAAUAAUUAUACUGGAACAUAAUCUUUCAUCUUUACGUCUUGAAAGAAUUUUUCAAAAUACAGUCCAAUUCCAAAAGCAUUGUUCUUUAUAGGAAGCACACUGGUUUAGUGUUGACGUUUCAUAGCUCCAGGGUUCCUGGUUUGAUCCCGAGCAAAUUCCCGAGCUUUCAGUGUGAACUUCCUGUUCUUUCUCUACCUGCGUCUGCAUGAGUUUCCUCUGGGUUUUCCGGUUUCCUUCCAGACUCCAAAAACAGUAUGUUGAUUUCAUGGAGGGUCGAUUCUUGAGUCUAAAAUUUC